AAUUGGGGACGACUCGCGCACGCACCGAGUCGCGCGACAGGCAGCCGUGAUUGGGAGAAAGGGGGGAGGGGAGCCAGGAGAGGAAACAAAAACAAUCGCUCGGGCGCCGCCAUCUUGGGUUCGUUUUGUACACCACACGGUGAAUGGGUAGAUAUGAAAUUACCACAGGCGAGCAGCAACAGCAGUACGGUACGAAGGGCCGUUCGGAGCUGCCAGCGGGACGUUGGGGACGAUAAAGCCGGCUCCUUCGUCCGUCGCCGCCCAGAGAAAAGCUACGGGCUUGGCCUUUCACUUUCGCCGACCCCUAAACUCCGCUUCUGGGGGGGGCAAAGUUGGUGUGCGUCGCGCCGCCUGGGAGACGAGAGGGUCCGAGCCUGCGGCAGUUUCCUCAGAGCAAGGAGUGAGCCGGGGACAGAGCUAGGGGAGGGGGAGAAGAGGGGAUUCCCCUCUCCCUUUCUGACCCUCUGCCCAGGGCUUGCCUAGUACCUGGUGUGGGAAGCACAAGGAAAAGGCAGUAAGAGUUCAUCAGGCGUUCAACUCCCACCCAUUGGGGAGCUUUUCUUCCUAAGAAAGCAAAAGUUGGAGUGAGUGGAAAAUUGUCCAGGUUUGUCUCUUCUAACCACGUUGGGGGAAGAGAGAGAAAAUGUAUCCGUGAGGAGUUGGGAGAGGGGUGUGCAUCAAACGGAAGAGCCACAAGUCCCGCUCAUAGGAGAAAGAGAGCUGUCACCAGCCUGGCAAACACGGAGAUACUGGCCACAUCCAGCCAAUCAUGUGUAUAUAAUAAUGAUACGCUCGCCACCUCAAUAGAAGCGGAUUCUCCUAGAAGCACAGCAAUCAAGGAAGAUGAGACUUGCCACGAGCCCAUAGAGCACCCUCCUUCCCAGCGGCUGGAGACUGCAUUUUUUUCAGCCACUCUUCACUGUUUAAACACCAAAUAUAGUCCCUUGGAGGGAAUUCUUAAAGGAGUUUGCAAUUCUGUGUAGAAGCAAGAAUGUCUGAAAUGUACAGUCUGUGUUGAAAGGACAAGGAGAGGAUCGUGAAAGUGGGGGGGGGGGGAGAGAGAAGGGAAACGUGUGUCUUUCUUUUACUGAAGGGAAGCCCAGAGAUUUACCUGGGUGGAACUGUAAAGGCUUGUUUGUUACAAGCUGUUGUUUUUCUCCCCGACCUUUUCCUCUGGUCACUCUACAUCUCCCAGCAUUAUUAAACGUUACUGUUGCCCACGUGUGGCUGGUAACUUACUUUAGACAAUUUUGUAAAGAAACUGACAAGUUUACUAUUCUCUCUCUCUCUCUCAGUGGCUUAGUUGUUUUUGAGUUUAGAAACGGAGAUGGAACUACUUGUUCAAACACUACAUGUAUAACGGGAGUGAGGCCGAAAAUAUAUUGUUUACUAAUUUCAGUACAACUUGCCAGGUCCAGCACGACGAGGGAUACUUUACAGAGCUUGACGUGGGGAAAAAAGCUGAACUGUGCUCUGAGACUCGGUUCUUUUCCUAAAAGACGGUUUCCGCUGUUGACUUUUUAUGGAUUCUUAACGUUUUUUUUUUUCCCCUGAAUUGCAUUUUUCCACCAUUUGUACAGAAGCCAAAUGACACGUGUAUUUUGAAAUGCUUCUCCAAACAUAUAUACCCCUUUAUCGGGGAUCUCACUAGAAGGAGCUGGAGGGUUGUCAGUAUCUAAAUAUGUCUGAUUUUGUUUUAUGAACACUGUGAACUCCAAAUAUGUUGGCUUAGAUUGCUUUAUAACGGUUAAAUUUGAAGGUGGAUUUUUUUCUAUUUGGAAGAACCAGGAAACUCGACAGUAGAAAAAUCACCUAUAUGUUCUAACUGUAUUUCGAAAAUGGGAGCUGCUACCAAGUUGGCGUUUGCUGUUUUUCUGAUCUCUUGUUCUUCAGGUGCCAUACUAGGCAGAUCGGAAACACAGGAGUGCAUCUACUAUAAUGCUAAUUGGGAAAAGGAUAAAACAAAUCGCAGUGGCAUUGAACCUUGUUAUGGUGAUAAAGAUAAAAGACGACACUGCUUUGCUACAUGGAAGAAUAUUUCUGGAUCAAUUGAUAUUGUGAAACAAGGUUGUUGGCUGGAUGAUAUCAACUGUUACGAUAGGACUGAUUGUAUAGAAAAGAAAGACAGCCCUGACGUGUUCUUCUGUUGCUGUGAAGGCAACAUGUGUAAUGAACGUUUUUUCUAUUUUCCAGAGAUGGAAGUAACACAGCCCACUUCCAAUCCUGUUACACCUAAACCACCCUUGUUCAAUACUCUGCUUUACUCGUUGGUGCCUAUAAUGGGAAUUGCGGUGAUCGUAUUGUUUUCAUUUUGGAUGUACAGACAUCAUAAGCUAGCAUAUCCUCCAGUACUUGUACCAACCCAACACGCCUUUCAUAUAAUGAUUGAGGACCCUGGCCCACCACCACCUUCACCCUUGAUGGGUCUGAAGCCUCUGCAAUUGUUAGAGAUAAAAGCUAGGGGAAGAUUUGGUUGUGUAUGGAAAGCUCAGUUGCUAAAUGAGUACGUUGCUGUCAAAAUAUUCCCAAUCCAGGACAAACAGUCAUGGCAAAAUGAGUAUGAAAUUUACAGCUUGCCUGGAAUGAAGCAUGAAAAUAUCUUACAAUUCAUUGGUGCAGAGAAACGAGGCACCAGCAUUGAUGUAGAUCUAUGGUUAAUUACAGCAUUUCAUGAAAAGGGUUCACUAACUGACUUUCUCAAGGCAAAUGUGGUUUCUUGGAAUGAGCUGUGUCAUAUUGCCGAAACUAUGGCUAGAGGUUUGGCUUACCUUCAUGAGGAUAUUCCAGGUCUGAAAGAUGGACAUAAACCUGCUAUAUCCCAUAGGGACAUCAAAAGCAAGAAUGUGCUAUUGAAAAACAAUCUUACAGCUUGUAUUGCUGAUUUUGGUCUAGCUUUAAAGUUUGAGGCUGGAAAGUCUGCAGGUGACACACAUGGACAGGUUGGUACACGAAGGUAUAUGGCUCCAGAAGUAUUAGAAGGUGCGAUAAACUUCCAAAGGGAUGCAUUUCUGAGAAUAGAUAUGUAUGCCAUGGGAUUAGUCCUGUGGGAACUGGCAUCCCGAUGUACUGCGUCAGAUGGACCAGUGGAUGAAUACAUGUUGCCAUUUGAAGAGGAAAUUGGCCAGCAUCCAUCCCUUGAAGACAUGCAGGAAGUUGUAGUGCACAAAAAGAAGAGGCCUGUUUUAAGAGAGUGUUGGCAGAAACAUGCUGGAAUGGCAAUGCUCUGUGAAACAAUAGAAGAAUGUUGGGAUCAUGAUGCAGAAGCCAGGUUAUCAGCUGGUUGCGUAGAAGAACGGAUUAUUCAGAUGCAACGGCUGACUAACAUUAUAACAACAGAGGACAUUGUGACAGUGGUCACAAUGGUGACAAAUGUUGACUUUCCUCCCAAAGAAUCCAGUCUAUGAUAGUUGCACUGGUUAUGCAUCCUGACCAACAGGACUCUGAACUGGAGCUGCUAAAGCUAAUGAGACUGUUUACGGUCGUUACUUUCUGUGUGAAAUGAGGAAUGGUAAGUUUUUGGGGAAUGUCAAUAAGGAGACUUUUUUUUUCCCAAACAUGAAUACAUGAGACUUGACUGCAUUCCCGUCCUGAAGGACAUUGACCUGAGAAGUGGCAAAAUAUUGUUAAGGAACUUAAAUGAAGAAUAUGGACCUAUCCGGGCUAAUCAAGUGUUUUAAAAACUGACAUCAGAUUUCUUAAUAUCUGUCAGAAGAGACUAAUUCUUUAAAUGAACUACUGCUAUUUUUUUUAAAUCAAACAUUUCAUUUCAGAUUUAAAAAAAGGGUAACUUGUUUUUAUUGCAUUUGCUGUUGUGUUUAUAUAAAUGACUAUUGUAAUGGCAAUAUGACACAGCUUGUGAAUGUUUAGUGUGCUGCUGUUAUAUGUACAUAAACAAAAGUAAUCAAGUGGGAUAUAGCAAAGAGGCUUCCAAGCAUUACUUUAACCUCCCUCAACAAGGUAUACCUCAGUUCCACGUCUGCUAAAUUAUGAGAUUGACAACACUAACAAUUUGAAUAAUAAAUUGAUCCAUGUUUUGUAAAUGCUGUAUUACAAAUUCACUGUUAUUUAAAAAAGGGUAAGCUGUGCUUCAUGCCAAGAGCAAAUGGCCAUUCCUAAAGCAGUGUUUUUAGCCCUCUCUUGUGCUAGCUUGUGUAUAAAAAGUGCUGGGUUUGAAACAAAACUUUCUUCCUGUUUUAGUUUUAAAGCUUUUAUCUCACAUUCAGUUCCCAAAAUAUUGCAUACAUUUUAUUUUUACUAAAUACUAUUUAGGUUUGCUGUGUCUGAGGAAUAUUUGAGCAUGACUUUUUUUUUUAAUUUUAUGUGAGCUAUGACACUGGAAAGCUCUUAAUUCUUAUUCUUUCUAAAGAAGGCUUUUUCCUAUUUAUGUAAAAAGUUUUGCAUAGAGUACUUUCUUUCACUAACAGUAUGCAGUGUGUUCUGUAUCACUGUUUCAGGAUCACCUCAGGAAGCUUAAUUACCUGAACUCCUCACUCUCUCUGCUUUGAGAUUUGCAACUUCUCUACACUUAAGCUUGCUGCCAUCUUGUCAGAGUGAUAUUUGAUGUCUGUGAUGCAUAGGUUCAUCCUGGAGUCAUGUUAAAAAUGAUAGCCACAGACUUCCGAUGUAACUGCUAAAAAUAUUCAGGGAUAACUUUAGUUAUGCUAUAAUUUCAAAUAUGCAAUGACUAUUUAGAGGUAACGAAUACCAACAUAGGUAGCACAGUCUAGCAAAAAAAAAAAAAAAAAAUUGCUUUCACAGCGGACUCCAACAUUAUUUUAGGGUU